UUAAUUCCAUCCCCUCCUAACCUUUUCACAUGGAAAUUGGCUGCUUGGGCGCCUGCUGUUUUUCUCCCAGGCCGUGUGUCAGGGGGCUGUUAACACUCGCUCCUGCAGCCCGUUCUCGGGCCAUUUGGGAUGUGCACGCGUUCACACCCGCGCACGGCCCGCGGCGCCUUCACGCGCUGCCGUUUUGUUUAUGCGGAGCGAGGGCGGCCGGGUGCGAAGGUCUGCAAGCUCAGCCCGCCUGGAGGGCUAGAUAAAGCCAGGCUGCGACACCGAAGCGGUCGCCCAGCCAUGGACACCACCGAGGGCGCAGAGCGCGCGCACAGCCCAGCGCACUCACCCUCGCGCAGCCGCCGCUCGCCGCCCGCGCAGCCCCGGUACCUAGCAGCUAUCCAUCCCCGCGCACUCUCCACCCUCGCCCCGUGCCCGCUGCCCACGGAGCCCGGGGACCGCCCGGCCCCGGCUCAUUCUCAGGCUCCCUCCACCUCAGCCCUCGCCCUGUGCCCGCCGCCCUUGCCCUUGCCCGUGUCCGCUGCCCUUUCUUGGUCGGAGUUGUUUUCCGUGGCCAAGCUCACGUUCUUUGUGCGCGGCUUGCACUUGCCAUCCUGCAGGUCCGAGGGCUUCUGGAGACCUUGGCUUCGAACUCCUGGCGCGAGAGAGGAGCGGGCGGAGCCCCAUGCAGCAGAGGCGUUGCCAAGUGGCCCAGGAACGACUGAAGCUUCCCAGAAGCUCUCUCAGUACCGACACCCUGUCAGACUGUUCUGGCCCAAGUCCAAGUGUUACGACUACUUAUACCAAGAAGCAGAAACUCUUCUGAAAAAUUUCCCAAUUCAAGCUACAAUUUCAUUUUAUGAAGAUUCUGAUAGUGAAGACGAAAUAGAGGGUCUGGCCUGUGAAAAUCAAUCUAACUAGUUGCUUCUGUUGAUAGUUGAGCUGUGUAGGAGUUUAAUUUUGUAUAUAAAUGUAUCAUAAACUUUUAAAACUAAUUUAUUUGUGUAUAAAUUAUUAAUAAAAUAUUUUGUA